AUGUCUGUGCACUACAAAUUCAAAAGCGCACUGGAUUAUGACACCGUUACUUUUGAUGGCUUACAUAUAUCUGUAGGCGAUUUGAAAGCGGCUAUUUCGCAGCAGAAGAGAAUAGGAAAAACUUCGGAUUUUGAUCUUCAAAUUACUAACGCUCAGACAAAAGAAGUGUAUGUGGAUGACAACACAUUAAUUCCAAAGAAUACUUCAUUGCUUGUGGCCCGAGUACCGCUUGCUCAGCAGCCAAAAAAGCAGUGGGAAGGUGCUAGCAGUAGUCAAUCAAAUCCUCUUAAAGAUGUUACUCUCAAUAAGGGUUUGGCGGACCUGUCUCGCAUGGAAGGUAGUGAACAGGAUAAGAUUAAUGCUAUGAUAUCACAGUCCACAUUUGAUUAUGAUCCAAGCAAUUAUCAAAAAAUCCGAGGUCAGAAUCAACGAGGAGCCGUACCAUCUAAUUAUAUUUGUUACAAGUGCCAGAAACGUGGUCAUUGGAUCAAAGACUGCCCAGCAGCUCUUUCUGGUGACCCAGUAGAGAUAAGAAGAAGUACAGGUAUUCCCCGUAGUUUUAUGGUGCCAGUUGAUGGGCCUAAGGCACCAGGAGCCAUGAUGACCCCAAGUGGAACUUUUGCUGUACCAGCAGUAGAUCAUGAGGCAUAUUUAGCAUCAGAGAGUGCCGGGGGGGCUGAUACACCUACAAAUGCUCCCGUGGCUCCGGAACCAACAAUUCCUGAUGAAUUAAUUUGCAGUCUCUGUAGAGAUCUGCUUACCGAUGCUGUCAUGAUACCAUGCUGUGGAAAUUCUUUUUGUGAUGAAUGCAUUAGAGGAGCAUUGUUGGAAUCCGAAGACCAUGAAUGUCCAGAUUGUCGCGAGAAAGAAAUCGCACCUACUACAUUGAUUCCUAAUAGAUUUUUAAGAAAUUCAGUAUCGUCAUUUCGCAAUCAAACCGGCUACAGCCGACGAGCGCCGCACAGACCCUCGGCUGCCCCGCCAGUUAUUGAACCACCUCCAGUCGCACCGGUCCAACCUAUAAAUAUAAACGGCCCACCACAACCAGCGCCCGUCAAUAACGAUUCGCGCGUGUCCGGGUGUUGCGGCGAUAAAGACGCGAAGGGAAGCAAGGCCGAGGAGUCUGACGGAUCAGCAGAUGAUAAUAUCACCGUGACCGUGCCACCCGCACACGCGCAUCACUCCACGAACGAACCGCGCGGGCCUGCCGGGCCUCAGACAUCUCACGGGCCCCACGGGUCCCGAGGUUCUCACGGGUCCAGCGGGCCCCACGGGUCCCGAGGGCCCCACGGCUCUAAAAGGCCCCGCGGUCCCCAAGGGCCUUACGGUUCUCACUCGUCCCGCCCAUCUCACUCGAACCAUCGAUCUCGCUACGGUCCUCCUGUUAAACCACCCGAGAUUGACACGCCGCCGUUACAUAUGCCUCGAAUCGAUGAACAGCGAGCGAGCACUCCUACUAUAGACGAACGCAGGGAUGUUAUUUCUUCUCAGGUGAUUUAUAAUCGCGGUCCACCACCGUACUUGCCCGCCGUGCCGCCGCCGUCCCAGCAUUACCCUAAUCCUGCUUUCGGUCGUCGUUACCCUCAAGACGCGUACCAGCCACCACCACCAGGCAUCAAGGACUCACCUAACGGGUCUCCGUCCCCCCGUCGCCGUCACCGCUCCCCCCUCCGUUACCGCAGCCCGCUCCGCUCCCCCCCGCGCUCCCCGGCCCGCUCGCCCCGCACGCCGCUCCGCUCCCCGCACCGCUCGAUGCCCCCUCACUCGCCGGUGAGGACGCCGCGACGGUCCGCUGCAAGGUCUCCGCCGAGGACUCACUCGCCUCACAGAUUUGCCGGUGUUUACGAUGAACUGUUGUCGCCACCACGUCGUAGUGUAGAGCCGCCAUUCGGAGCCAGGUACGAUUGUAAACGUUUAAAUAGUCGGCUCGCGUGGCCUAACGUCUAUGAGAAUAUGGUUGUAAGUUACGAGUUUGCCGAUCGGAUCGAACCGCCAGCGAUGUGUUUAUGA